AUUGACAUUUGAUGUGACACACGUCAAUAUUGUUGACGACGUGAAAGUAAUGAAAUUAAAAACUAUGAAUCUAAAAGAAAUAAUAUAAAUACCUAUUCAUUGUUGAUUUAUCUGGUCUGAAAUUACAUGCUAACUGAUUUAAUGCUCUACAUUAACUAAUAUAUUGUUCAUUUUCUGUGAAGUGAAUGCGGAAAACCUUUCAGCUCAUUUGCAACAAAUUCAAUAUUAUUUAAGUUUAAAUUAAUUUUUUCAAAACGGCGGGUCGUAACAGCAAUAUGCGAAGAGCUCGAGAAACUUAUGCAUACCAACCAAUUCCUCGAGCUCCUACAGAGGAUGUUCUGGAACAUGAAAACGAACGAAUGGCUGAGGAGCUAAGUGGAAAAAUAACAACUCUUAAACAUAUGUCAAUCGAGAUUGGUAAUGAAGUUCGAUACCAGGAUAAAAUAUUACGUGGCCUAGAUGACGAUGUAGACCGAAGUUCUGGUUUUCUGGGAAAAACUAUGGGGAGAGUUUUAAAGCUUGGUAAAGGAAAUCAUAACUAUUACAUCAUUUACUUGUUCUUGUUCUCAAUUUUUGUUUUCUUUUUACUUUAUAUAGUUCUGAAGUUCCGGUGAUUUCUGCAAAGCAUACAUGAUUUUUCCCAAUAUGUUUUCAUUCCCUUUUAUCAAUGAAAUUUGUAAAUAUUAUUAUAUGGUGUAAUGAGUGAAU